AACCGAGGGGUGGGACGGCUUCUAGAGGUGAGCGGAGCGGCGGUCUCGGUGACUCGAAGCUUCGCUCCCUGCGGUCUCCAGGCUCAGGCGGAGGACGGCCUUUACCUCCGGGGCUCUGGGCCCCAGACUUCGACUUCUUUAUCUGCCUAUCCCCCACGUACCUUCUUGUGUUGUUAAGAAGACGAACCGAGGCGGGUUUUAGCCGGGCGGCUGAAGUGAGAGGAUCAAGUUCGAGGCCAGCUUUGGUGAUUUGGAAGUGAUUAAAGCUCAGAAGAUUUUGGUCAAAAUGGUUUCUAAAAGAAGGCUGUCAAAAUUGGAGGAUAAACAGGCAUCCACAGAAGAGGCCUGUAAGGCCAAGAAGGAACAGCUUUCCAAAAAGAUAAAGAAAUCUCAUGCUUCUAAUGAAGUGGAAGAUGAUGAUAGUGUCUUUGUAAAGCUUCUUAAGACAUCAGGACUUAUUCUUAAAACAGGAGAGAAUCAGAAUCAGCUAGCUGUGGAUCAAGUAGCUUUCCAAAAGAAGCUCUUUCAGUCCCUGAAGAAACAUCCUUCUUACCCUAAAGUAAUAGAAGAAUUUGUCAGUGGCCUGGAGUCUCACAUUGAAGACCAUGACACCUUUAGGAACUGCCUCUUGUCUUGUGAACGCCUGCAGGAUGAGGAAUCGAGGAGUGAGGGGAGCAUGGGCACAUCCUACUCUAAAAGCCUCAUCAAACUGCUGCUGGGGAUUGACAUAUUACAGCCUGCCAUUAUUAAAACUUUAUUUGAAAAGUUGCCAGAAUUUCUUUUUGUAAAAGUGAACAGCGAUGGCAUCAACAUGCCGCGACUCAUUAUCAGUCAACUCAAAUGGCUCGACAGAGUUGUGGAUGGGAAGGACCUCACCACCAAGAUCAUGCAGCUGAUCAGUGUUGCUCCAGUGUGCUUGCAGCAUGACUUCAUCACCAGCCUCCCUGAGAUCCUUGGGGACUCCCAGCAUGCUGAUGUGGGAAAAGAACUCAGUGUCCUGUUGGUGGAGAGUACUCAGCUCACUGUCCCUAUUCUGGAUGUCCUUUCCAGCCUCCAGCUUGACCCUGACGUCCUGUCUAAGGUCCGCCAGUUGGCAAUGGGUAAACUGGACUCAGUCAAACUGGAUGAUUUGCCUGUGAUAAUCAAGUUCAUUCUUCAUUCCAUAACAGCCACUAAUGCAUUUGAGGUAAUUUCUGAGCUUCGAGGAAAGUUGGAUUUGCAGCAUUUUAUUUUGCCAUCAUUGUUACACGCUUCACAAAUCCAGUCAAAAAGAAAAGGAGGAGCAAGUUCUUCAGGAAAUCAAAAAAGUAACGAUCCGGACUGUGUCACCCUCAUCUUUGAUGUAAUAAAGUCAGCAGUUAGAUAUGAGAAAACCAUAUCAGAAGCUUGGGUUAAGGCAGUCGAAACCACUGUCUCGGGAUCUGAUCACUCGACUCUUGACGUGGUGAUGCUCUUCAUCAUCUAUGGCACCAACCCUCAGACAAAGAAGUACAUUGAGCGGGUGCUGAGAAGUAAGAUUCGCUCAGGCUGCUUUGAUCAACAGUUGCUGGAGGCCACCUUCUGUGUUCACUUCAUGGUUCUUGAGGAAAUUUGUCCAUCUAUUCUGUUGGUGGCCCAGAGUUUGUUUCACUCCCAAGACCAGAGUAUAACUUUAUUUGCCAGUCUGCUCUACAAAUAUUCGUUUAGGAUUUUUGACACUUACUGCCAGCAGGAAGUAGUUGGUGCCCUAGUGACCCAUGUCUGCAGCGGGAAUGAAGCUGAAGUCGAUGCUGCACUGGAUGUCUUCCUUGAGCUAACAAUACUAGACCCAUCUGCAAUGAGGCUGAAUGCUGUAUUUGUGAAGGGCCUUUUAGAUUACCUGGAUAAUAUGUCACCUCAGCAAAUCCGAAAACUCUUCCAUAUUCUCAGCACACUGGCAUUUAGUGAACAGCACGAAGCCAGCAGUCACAUCAAGGAUGAUAUGCACCUGGUGAUCCGGAAGCAGCUCUCGAGCACCAUAGUCAAGUACAAACUCAUUGGGAUCAUUGGUGCGGUUACCAUGGCAGGCAUCAUGGCAGCAGACAGAAGUGAAUCUUCUAAUUGGAGCCAAGGGAGAGCUGACGCAGACAAUGAGCAGUGCACACAGGUGACAUCCUUGCUGCAGUUGGUUCAGUCCUGCAGUGAGCACUCUCCUCACGCCUCUGCACUGUAUUAUGAUGAGUUCGCCAACCUGAUCCAAGAAGGAAAUAUGGCUCCAAAAACAUUGGAGUGGGUUGGGCAGACUAUCUGCACUGAUUUCCAAGAUGCCUUCGUGGUGGACCUCUGUGAUGUCUCAGAAGGUGCAUAUCCGUUUCCUGUGAAAGCUCUCUAUGGACUAGAAGAAUACAAUACUCGUGAUGGAAUUGCCAUCAAUCUCCUGCCUCUACUCUUCUCUGAGGAAUUUGCAAAAGAUGGGGGUCAAAUGACUUCACAGGAAUCAGGACAAAAAUUGGUGUCUCCAUUGUGCCUGGCUCCUUAUUUCCGGUUACUGAGAUUUUGUGUGGCCAAACAACAUAAUGGAAGCCUGGAGGAGAUUGAUGGUUUAUUAGAUUGCCCUCUAUUCCUUACUGACCUGGAGCCUGGAGACAGGUUGGAGUCCAUGCCUACCAAGGAGCGCUCAUUCCUGUGUUCACUCAUAUUUCUCACUCUCAACUGGUUCCGAGAGGUCGUGAAUGCCUUCUGCCGACAGCCGUCACCUGAGAUGAAGGGGAAGGUGCUCACUCGGCUGAAGGACAUUGUCAAGCUGCAGGGCAUGCUGGAGAAGCACCUGGCAGUCACUCCAGACUACGUCCCUCCUCUUGCAAACUUCGACUUGGAAACUUUAGAUGUAAUACCUUAUAACAGUUCUGCAUCAGCAAAAAGCAGGAACAAAGGAAAGAUAAGAGGAAGAAAACAAAAACCAGAUGAUGGCAAAGCAUCCUCCCCUGAUAAACUUGCAAAGGAGGAUAAUUCAGAAUGUGAGCCUGUGGCAUCUGGGAGAAGCCAGCUAGAGCAGGAGUUCACCGGGAAGGAAGCAAGGACGUCAGUGUCACUGCAGAAUUACCGUGCUUUCUUCCGCGAGCUGGAUGUCGAGGUCUUUUCUAUUCUGCGCUGCGGACUUGUGACCAAGGUCAUCUUAGAUACUGAAAUGCACACAGAAGCUACAGAAGUUCUGCAACUUGGGCCACCAGAGCUGCUUUUCUUGCUGGAAGAUCUCUCGCAGAAGUUAGAGAACAUGCUGCUGCCAACUUGUACCAAAAGAAUGUCUUUUCUCAAGAGCAAAGGAAGCCGGAAUAUUGGAUUUUCACAUCUCCAUCAGAGCUCUGCAUCAGAAGUCGUUUAUGGCGUUGUGAAGCUGAUGACUCCGAUGUGUAACCAUCUGGAGAACAUUCAUAACUAUUUUCAGUGCUUAGUCCCUGAGAAUCAUGACGUAGUGGGCGGACCCAGAGGAAACGCUCAGGAGUACCAAAUAAUGUCUUCCUGUUAUCUGAGGCUCCUGCAGAUUUUUCAUUGGCUUUUUGCUUGGAGUGGAUUUUCUCACAUUGAGAAUCACCGUUUUCUGUGCUCAGCCCUUGAGGUGCUUACUGGACGAGUGACGCAAUUGCAGCGUAAUGAGUCCUUGGAGGAGCUUAUCAGCCAGAGCUUCAGUUACCUGCAGAACUUCCACCUCAGCAUCCCCAGUUUCCAAUGUGGGCUUUGUCUCCUCAGAACUUUGAUGGCCCUUUUCAAGAGAUCAGUAGAUCCUGCUCAGAAGAAAGAAAAAAUUGCUUCCCUGGCCAGACAGUUCCUCUGCCGGGCAUGGCCGCACGGGGAGAAGGAGAAGAGCACUCUCUUCAGGGACCAGCUUCAGGACUUGCUCUGCAUCUACUUGGAGCACACUGACAGUGUGCUGAAGGCCAUAGAGGAGAUUGCUGGUGUUGGUGUCCCGGAGUUAAUCCACUCUCCAAAAGAGGCCUCUUCUUCUACAUUCCCCACGUUGACCAGGCACACUUUUGUCAUUUUCUUCCGUGUGAUGAUGGCUAAACUGGAGAAGACAGUAAAAGAUCUUCAGGCUGGCUCAGCGGCACAGCCACCACAGGUCCAUGAAGAGAAGCUCCUCUAUUGGAACAUGGCUGUUCGAGACUUCAGUAUCCUCAUCAACCUGAUAAAAGUAUUUGAUAGUCAUCCAGUGCUGCAUGCAUGUUUGAAGUAUGGACGUCUCUUUGUGGAAGCAUUUCUGAAGCAAUGUAUGCCUCUCCUGGACUUCAGUUUUAGAAAACACCGGGAAGAUGUUUUGAGCCUGCUGGAGACCUUCCAGUUGAACACGAGGCUUCUUCAUCACCUGUGUGGGCAUUCUAAGAUUCACCAGGACACCAGACUCACCAAACAUGUUCCUUUGCUCAAAAAGACACUGGAGCUGUUGGUUUGCAGAGUCAAGGCGAUGCUUGUCCUCAACAAUUGCAGAGAGGCUUUUUGGCUAGGCAAUCUCAAAAACCGCGACUUGCAGGGUGAAGAGAUUGUGUCCCAGGAUUCCCAGGGGAGCACAGCAGAAGAAAGUGAAGACAACACAGCAUCCCAGGUCUCCCAGAGCAACACUGCCCAGGACAGUGACGAAGGUGAAGCAAGUGAUGGAGAAAAGGAGCAGCACAGUGAGGACAGCGAGGACAGCUUGGAUUAGCCCCUGCACAGCUGCCCCACCCUGCGCCAUCUUCUCCGGCCUCCUGUCUGUUUAGUAUUCAGGGUUUUCUGCAGGAGGCAUCCUGUUCAUGCUUCUAGUUGUUGAUUACUGUCUGAGUUGGACUGUGCUGGCAUCAGAAUCCUUGGCUUGGGUCCAGUGCAGCAGGGUCUGUUGUUUGGCUAGACAUGGCAGUGCUUUGCAAGUCAGUUUUGAAAGUUAUUUUUUCUAAAAUUUAAGCUUACAUGUUUUACAAAUAAAUUUUUUCAUACACUU